AUGGCAGCUCAGCUUUUGGCUUACGAGGUGGCCGACCUUUGCCUUGGCAAGCCGCCGCUCCGCUCCCUCUCCGCAUCCUCCGCCACCGUCGCCGACGCACUCGCCGCCCUGAAAUCCACCGGAGACGACGCCGUCAGCCUCUGGAGCUGCGACCACGCCUCGCCGGAAAAGGACUGCGUGUGCGUGGGUAAAAUCUGCACUGCGGAUGUUGUUUUCUACCUCUGCCGGGAAGAGAAUCUGGCCUCGACGGCGGCGGCCCUGAAGUCUCCGGCAACGGCUUUGUUGCCGACGGUCGGUGGCCUCGUCAGACACGUGGACCCCUCUGCAAGCUUACUAGAAGCCAUUGAUCUAAUCCUAGACGGCGCCCAAAAUCUCGUCGUUCCCAUACGAACAAACCCGAAGCAAAGAAAACAACAGCUCGGAAAAUCGACCUUAUUUUCAACCAAUCACGGCAGCCGUGAAUUCUGCUGGCUGACUCCAGAAGACGUAGUUCGGUUCCUCCUGGGCCUAAUCGGGCUUUUCUCCCCAAUCCUGACACUUUCUGUUGAAACCCUAGGCAUAAUCAGCCACGACUACUCGGCCGUGAGCUACCGUUCGUCAGCCAGGUCAGCACUCGAGGCACUCCAGCGAUCAUCGACCGACCAAACCUCGGUGGCCGUGGUCGACGAGUCCGGGUCCUUCGUCGGCGAGAUUUCCCCUUUUACCCUUUCGGCCCGAGACCUCAUGGCUUGCGUCGACUCAUUGGCUCCGGUGGAGGAGCUAGCGGGCCUCGUGGGCCCGUAUGGGAGCUGCUCCUCCUCCUCCUCGGAUGAUGAGCUGGCAUCGCCCACGACGCCAUUGGGCUGGGCCGGGCCUUAUGUGGGGUAUUUGGGACAGAUGGUGAGGCGGGCCGAGGCGACGGUUUGCGGGCCCGGGAGCUCGUUGGUGGCGGUUAUGAUACAGGCGAUUGCUCGUCGGGUGGGGUACGUUUGGGUGGUCGACGAGGGGUUCAGGUUGGUGGGGAUUGUGACUUUUGCUAGCAUUUUGGGUGUGUUCAGGGAUUGUGUGGAGUAA